AUGUCUUCUGGAGGAGGUGCCGUUGGAGGUGGUCCUGUCGGAGGUGGGAACCUCCAAGAUGUCAACGCCAGCCAGAGCGACCAAGUGAUUGCUUCUUCGAGCGCUGCUGCCCGAGGGUCGGUUGGCGCUGGCUGGGGCGGUGGCUAUUUUCGGUUCGAUUGCAUCUUCCGUCAUCUGGGAUGUGACAGCAAGAUUUACACUGGGAAUACGGCCUGUCAGCUCUGUGUGGCGAUGGGUCUCGUGGGCAUGGGUGGUCGCCCAACUCCUCCACCGCAGGAGCCGAGUUCCGAUCAGCCACCUCCUCGCCAAUAA